CCCAAUUAAUAUUUUUCCUCACGCCAAAGCAAAAAAGAAAAAGAAAAAAACCCUAGAACAUAAAGUGAAAAUCAAAGUUCUGAUUUAGAGAGAGAGAGAGAAAUUCAGAGAUCAACACUACCUAAUUGCAACUGCUCAACUCGAGAAUUCUCCUUUAAUUGCAAGAAAAGACUUUUAAUAUUUUCUGAACAAGAUUGCUUAUAAUGAGAUUAAGAAAAGGGGACAAAGUGGAGGUUAUGAACAAAACAGAGGCGCCACUUUCAUGGCGUGUCGCAGAGAUACUUUCUGGUAAUGGCCAUACUUAUCGCGUGCAAUAUGAUCCUUAUCCUGAUAUGGCAAGCGAACAAAUGGUGGAGACAGUUUCAAGGAAGUUUGUGAGACCAUCCCCCCCUCAGGUCCCAGGUGUAGAUAAUUGCAUCGCUGGAGACAUAGUGGAGGUAUUUUAUGAAUAUGCCUGGAAGAUUGCUGCUAUCGUGAAGGUUCUCCGCUGCAAGAAAGAAUGUAAAAGCAAAAAGAUCCAGUAUCUGGUAAGACUACUUGGGUGCUCACAGGAAUUAAUUGUGGAUGAAUCAAAUAUCCGGAUAAGACAAACCUGGCAAGAUGACAAAUGGCAUCUGAUUGGAAAGAGUUCCCAAGGAAGGGAGGAUGUUAUAGCUAGCAAGCCAUCAACUUCAAAUCCGAAGAUUAGAUUCCCUGUCCCCCAACUAAAUGCAAGGGCUAAAAAGCAACCUCAAAGAAAUAGCGUGAACAUUCAGGAUGAAGCUCCAUGUUGGGAAUCUCAUAUGAUCUCGUCAAGACCCCUAAAGAGGAUGUCCGCAUAUGGCUCCUCUAUCAUUGAAGCACAUAAUGGACACAUCCAAAAAUUAAGAGCAAUUGAGAGAGAUGGGAGGAAGCAUAGAUUGGUCUCCACCCCAGUGCUUGAAAAGGUAGAUGCUGUUGCUUACCCAAGAGAAGUUUUGGGUGGAAAAAACAUGCAUGCUUCCAUUAAAAUUAUAUCAACUGGAUAUAAUCAUAUGGAGAGAGCAAAACUAAGUGGUGUUCUUGGCUCUUCUGGGAUCCGAAACUCAGAAUUAAAUAGUUCAGAGACUGAUGCAUGUUCUGUUGGUAGUUGUAGUGUUACUGAUCAGAGUCCAAACAACUUUUUUGUUCCUUUUAUAUCCCUGGCUUGCCAAGACACAGACACCUUUUGUAGUGAUGCAGAGUCCUGUUAUGGUUCAGGUUCUGAGAGAAAAAGUAGUUCUCUUCCUCCAAAAGAGGAAGUCGCAGUCAGUAUCCGUAGGUUAGAGUUGCGUGCUUAUCGCAGAACUCUUGAAGCUUUGUAUGCUUCUGGUCCCUUAAGUUGGGAACAGGAAGCACUGUUGACAAAUCUUCGUAUUAUGCUCCAUAUUUCAAAUGAUGAACAUUUGAUGGAGCUGAAGCACCUAAUUUCUGCUAAAACUGCUAUAAAUGUUAGAUAAUGGUUGAAUAAAUGUUACUUUUAUCACUUUAUCAUAGUAGAAUUUAGACCUUGCUGGUUCUGUUUCAACAAUGUAAGAGAAACUUUAUUGUUACAAAUGUAACUCCAAUCUUGGUUAUUAUAUUUACUUCUGUCUAGACAGGUGGCAUUUUGUAACUAAGAGCUUUGUAUCAAAUUCUCAUUUGUCAA